AUGGAGGUGGACGGCACGAGCCGGCGGGCCUCCACAGUGGGUGGGGAGGAGGAUCGCCAUCUCGACACGGCUGAUCAUGGCGAUGCAGGCCAGACACCGAUUGGCAAAGUCCUCACCAAAGUCAAAGCUGCUACCGGUCCUGCCGAAACAAAGGCGGCGCUGGAGGAACUGCAAUACGCUUGUCAACAGCCCGAAAACACUUUUGGCCCCAAUGCCAAGGCAUUUGUUGAGGAGCUCCUGGCCAUUCUAAAGCGUAUACCUGUCAGCUAUCAAGCCAAUUCCGAUGAUCAGCCAAUUCUGAGUGCGAUGACUGAGAUGCUGUACGAGGAAAACCACUUGAACGCUGCCCUCGCCCUCAAGAUUAUCAUUGACAUGCACAAAAACUAUCGAGAGCAGAAAAUGGAGCAGGGAUUGGCUUUUGGUGAUCAUUUCACCGACGACUAUCUGCGCAAAGUCCUCGACAACAGAUUCAAGUCGGCUGAAAACGCCAAUGCACAGUAUCAGAGCUUCCUGAAGCAAAAGAGUGAAGCUGACGAAGAUCUUCCGCGCACUGGGGAGCAGAUUCAGGCCGCCCGCGAAGCCAUUGCCAGCAUCUACAAAAAGAUUGAGACAGCCAAGGCCAGCGCUCAGUCUGCUCAGAGCAAUGCAACUAAGCGACUAGAGCAACUCACUGUCAGCGUACAACGCUCGCGCCAAGGCGCCGAGAGCGCCAAGCGUGCACAUGCCAACAUUCAGGCUCAAGCACUUCGCCGUGGCUUGAUCACCUCGACCGGGGUGCCCAAAGAUGUUGCACCGGCCUUGGGUGAGGAUCCAAACCAGCUCCUCAAAGGGAUUUACUCUUUUAAGGUGUUGACCGAGUGCCCCAUUGUAAUCGUACUUCUUUAUCAGCUCUACAACGGCACUAACGACGCCAUCAAGCAGCUUCUUCCCGACUUUGUGCCGCUGGCCAUGUCUGUGCUCUCGCAUGCACCCCAGCUGAAACCUCGACCACCUGCUGAUAUCAAAGAGCGCCACCGCGAAUUCAUUGGCGCACAGCUCCUUAACAGCGCUCCUUCCAACAGUGCCCAGCUGCGCAAGGAACUCUUGAUUGCCGUGCGCCAUAUUCUGGCGUCCGAUUUUCGCAAAGGCUUUGUCACCCAGAUUGACAAGCUGAUGGAUGAAGAGCUUCUUGUGGGCAAGGGCUGGUCCUGCCGCGAGAUCCUGCGCCCCUUGGCCUUCAGCACUCUGGCUGAUCUUGUUCAUCAUGUCCGGAAAGACCUGCAGAUGCCACAGCUUCGCCGAGCCAUUCAUCUCUUCCUCCGCAACGUGCAAGACACAACUCUCCCGGUCAACAUCCAGACCAUGUCUUGCAAGCUUCUGCUCAACUUGGCUGAAAUGAUGGGAAGCAACCUUAGCAAUACCACGGCCGUCAACUACCGACAACUGCUGAUGCACAUCUUUGCGGUUUUCGUCAGUAAGAUGAACAGCCUGGCAUCCUGGAACCUUGCGCGCUUGCUGCAGCAUCACCACGACCAGCACCUUCAGGAGCAACGGUCAAUGCAAGCAGCAGCUGCUGUCGAAGCCACAAAAAGCCGUGCUCCACAAGCGGAUAUCGACUCGGGCGACGGCUUGGGCGGUACUGAUUCGGCAGUGCGGAACAGCCGGGCCAGUGCUGAGAGCGCCAGUGAUGACGAGGAACUCGCCGCGUGCGUUGACACACCUUUGAAACGCGCGGAUUCAGAAUUUCCACCGCUCAUCUCGGCCAGUGAGGCUGGCUUUUUGGCCGGGGACCCAGGCAACUGUGCCCCGAGCGACCUGAUUAAUACUGAUCUCUGUACCCCCGUACAAAGUCAUUCGCAGCCCGAUGAGACUAUCGACUCAAUCAAGGAUUUGCGUUUUCUCGUGAAAACCUUGAUCACAGGCCUCAAAAUCUUAGUGUGGGUCAUUGCGCAGUGCAACCAGCUUCUGGCGCGAAGCUCAACCGCUCCUCAAGCGACCCCACCAGCCGUUCGCACGGUGUCCAGCGUUGAGGUGUUUCUCUUCUUUCAACUCUGGCGCAGCGGCCUAAAAUUGUUUGACCUUUAUGCAGUCAACGCUGAUGGCUCAUGGCGACCCCUUCAGGGUACAGCCCGUACUCCAGUCAAGCAUUCUUCGGAAGAGAAGGAGUUUGUGGAGAGCUUUGCCUCGGUGUGGACCUCGAUAGACCACCUCACGUUUCGAGAGGUGGUGACUCCACGCGUUGACCUUCUUCUUGAUCGUAUUUUCGACAACAACCUUUUAUUGAUCGUGCCGCAGCAGUUGCUUUCAAAUAAGGAGACAUCGGCUGCAUUUGCCUAUGCUCUAUUGGAGCAUCUAGUUUCAAACCUCAAGCUGUUGGGCCAGGAAGACGAGAAUCGCGCUUUGGUGCGCCUGCGUCUUUUCAAGCUGACCUUUGGCUCAAUUGCGCUCAUGCCGGACACCAAUGAGCAGAUUUUGCAGCCACACCUGCAGACCAUCAUCCAUGACUGCAUGCAAUAUGCCCCUUCCGCUAAGGAGCCUCUGAAGUUCUUUCUGCUGUUGCGCGCACUCUUUCGCUCCAUCGGGGGCGGCAAGUUUGAACUGCUAUACAAGGAAUUUCUGCCGUUGUUGCCCAACCUGCUGGCGCGCUUCAACCAGCUACUGUUGACGACUACACGCCAGCAAUUGCGCGAUCUUUUGGUCGAGCUUUGCCUCACUGUUCCCGUACGGCUGAGCGCGCUCUUGCCCCAUCUCCAUUUUUUGAUGCGGCCAUUGGUGUUGGCGCUGCGCGCCACCGACGAUCUGGUGUCCCAAGGCUUGCGCACCUUGGAGCUGUGCAUUGACAACUUGACACCAGAAUUCCUGGAUCCUGUUAUCGACCCAGUCCGACAAGAGUUGAUGCUGGCCCUGUGGAGCCACAUGAAGCCACGGUCGGCCACGCAUAGCCACGGUGAGAAGGCCCUUCGUAUUCUGGGCAAGCUUGCUGGCCGUAAUCGCGAAGAAGCCAUCAAAGCCCCAUCCUUGGAGCCGGAGGACCUGGACGGCACCUGCCUUCGUGUCCUUCUUGCCUUUGACCAGGAAAAUGGCGUGCACCUGCCCCUGGAUCACAUGCUGCCCGUGGCCCUCGACGUACUUCGUGCACCGCAAGGUGCCUCCUAUAAGCGUGAUGCUUUUGAACUCCUCAAGGCAAGCUUUGCCUCGGUUUUGGAUUUGGAAUCUACCUCGAGUCCUGACACGACCUUGCUGGCCUGCAUGGCGAACCGCAUCCCGCUUCCAUCGGACGAUUACGUUCCCAUUCUCGACCAGCAUCACCCGCGCCCACGCACGCGGUGGCAUGAUACCAUGCUCAAGCUGCUUCAAGGUCUCGUGCUUGCGGCGCAGGACACAGCACUUCGUGAAGAAGCCACCUUAUUUCUCAAGGGCGUGCUGGCCCACUUUGCUCUGUUGGCAUGCGAGCAGCAUCACCGGCGUGGCCAGGCUGCGCCAGCACGAUCGGAAAAGGAAAAGUCUGUCCUUCAACACAUGGAUGUUAUCGUUGAGGCCUGUGCGUGGGCGCUAUGCCAAGAGGCAACGACCCUGCCCGAGCUAGGUCGAUGGAUGCUGCAGGACCUGUUACAGUCAUGCAUUGAUAUCCUUGGUCACCCAGUUCACCUAUGUGAGCUGCCCCUGGCCGCCGCCGCCGUCAGCGUGAUCUAUCACUCCUGCCACGAACACGUGUGGUAUCGCAAGCAGGCUGGAUUGCUUGGUGUGUCUGUUCUCUUGGAGAUUCUGCCGCCAGAAAUGAUCCGUGGUUAUUGCGUGCACUUGAUGCGUGCCAUGAUUGCCUCCGCCGCCUCGGAUGUGGAAGACUCUACCAAUACCCGCUCGGAGGAAGCUCAGGUAUUGGUCAAACGCCUGAUUGACAAGGCCUUCGAUGAUACACCCUUUAAUCUCGCCUCGCGUCCCGCACGAUUCUCGCGCAUAUCUGAGCGCAAGGCGUCAGAGUCGAUGGAGCACGACGAUCACACCGGCAGCAUGGAUGUUUCUGCAGAUGUUGACAGCGCCGAAGAUGCCGCGGCCAGCGAGAGCGCAAGUGUCAAGCAUGCCGCGCGCAAGCCCAGUGACGGCGCCAGCAGUCUACCCGGUUCGGCGCCACGUGACAGUCAUGGCGGCGGGCAAACAUCUGGGGGCGAGGCAUCUGCUCGUGAAGCACGAGACGAUGAAGCCGCGACGCCCGAAGCAGAUAAGCCGCCUGCUCGCGACGAGUUGGACGCACAAGAGCAGAUUCGCAGGGGCGACGUCGUGCGCUUGUUGAUCAAGGAGCUUGUGGCGAGAGAAAAACAAGUGCGCCAGCUGGCCAUGAAUGGCCUUCAUGCGCUGGCCCGCAAGGGCCAGGUCUCAGUCGCCUACUUGCUCGAAACAGGUGGUUUCAAGUCGAUGGCCGUUCCGAAAACGGCGCGGUCAACACCCAUCGCCGUGCAAAUUGGGCGCAUGGACGCACUUCGCUUUUGUCUGUCCAUUUCACCGCCUCUGCUUUCCUUUGAUCCCCCGAGUGAGGCAGGGGCAACACCAGCCCAACACGGCAACGCGAGUUCCACGCCGUCUACAGACACAACCGCAGGGACCACUGGAGGCAACCAGAACGUCGCUGGGGCAGCAACUGCCCAGCCGUCGACCACAAGCUCAGGCGAAGGAGCAGAAGCAACGACGCCGGCUUCCAGUGACACGCAACCCAAGGAGGAGCCCACAGACGGGAAAGAGGUGGCGAACGAUGGCAAAACGCAAGAUGCUUCAGCUCCAUCAUCUAUGUCUGCAACGACAACCCCAAGCGCACCCGCCUCAGGCCACACGGUGCCCUCGACUGAAGCCACUACCACGGCAGGAAACUCCCAGAGUGCCGUUUCAUCGACUGACCAGGAUGCCGCUGGCAAGCCAGCUUCUGACAAGCCGGGCGAUGGCAACUCGGGCACCCCCGGUGAAGUGACAACCACCCCCGCAGCUGAUUCUAAUGACGGCGAUUCUAGUCAAUCGUCUGCCACGGGCGGCCAUGCCGCGCCCACGGCCAGUGCAUCUGCUCACGGCCAGCCAGGCAGUGGCCACAACAGCAGCGGCAGCAGCAGCAGCAGUAACAGCUCAACAGGCAGCUACUUUCGCGAGCUGUUGCAGAUUUGCAAGCUCAGCGAUCAGUCAGCCAACCACGCUGCCAAGCCGCUGUCCCACAUUUCAGCCGAGUUGAUUACCGAGCUUCGCGUGCAAGCCAUCUUGUUGAUGGCUACCAUCAUGACCAAUUCUGCCUGGCACAGCGAAUUGCGUGCGGUUUCUGAGAUUUUUGUAAGCAUGUUGCUCUCCGACUCCAAGCCCGUGGCGCAAGCUGCAUUUGAGGCACUGCAGAUGCUGCACAUUGAUGCCAAUUUGGCGGCCGAGGAGCUGAAAACCGUCUUGCGCCUGUCAGUGGACUUUGGCGACUUCAACAAAGUAACGCCCAAUCGCUUGCACGCCCUGAAGCACAUGCUCAAGAUUGUACCAGUGAGCUACUUCAACGAGACACUGACAACCACGCUGCUCAAAUACUUAAUGCAGUGUGCUGAGCACAUCACGGUCAAUAGCAAGACCAACAGCGUGACCUGGACUGAAUCCAGGCACAUUGCGAUCAGCAAAGCCAUCCUUGCCGUUUUGGUUGAGAUGGACAGUCUGGCGUCUCGCCGUGUCACACAGGCCAUUGACAUUGUCCUGAAUGUGCACGCUGCAAUGGGCCGUCAUAUCUCAUCACCCCUGCUGCAAGAGGCCGUGCAGCUGACGUGUCGUUUCCCCGCCGAAACUUUCCCGUAUCUCGUUGACAAAAUUUCAUCGCAAAAGCAUGCCUCCCUGCUCUUGUUGGCGUUGCAGGAGCGCGAGGCUGGGGCAGCGCUUCGAAACACUUUUGUGAAUAAGGCAGACGUCCUCAUCGAGCGUAUCUUCGUUCCGGGCGAUCAUGCCCUGCGUACCGCCACUACCUUAACGCAGCAAAUUUCGGCCUCGUCGGUGCAGUACACAGCAGUGGCCAUGUUGAAGGAGGUCGGCCGCUAUCACCCCGACCUGCUGUCCAACAAGAGUAGCCUGCUGGAUUCGCUUGUGAAAUUGUGGAAUUACACUUUGGCUUGGAACUCGCAUCAAGAGGCCAUCCCACCGUGCCGCAGCAACGAGCCACGCCUGCUGCUGAUGACCCUGCUCGAGGCAUUGCCCGUGGUAGCACGCAAAGCCGACGUGCUUUACAAUCUCUUGCCAAUCUUCACGUCCCGCAGCCUGAUGGAUCUGGGCUUUGCACGCUCCUUCUUCUUCAACCAUUUGGGCAAUUACCAUGUGACGGUCAAGCGCGACAUUCUGCUGCGCUUGCUCUCCUACAUCAAUGACGCCAAGCAGACCCAGGCCGUCAAGGCCGUGGCCAUCGAGCGGGUGAUUGCACCGCUCGUGGCUUCAGCCAUUCAGAAGGGUGAGCUGGAUAGCCUGCUGCGCAGUGACGAAAGCUCCAAGGCCCAAACCUUUUUCUAUCGCCUGCUGUCCGUCCUGCAGCAGCACGACUAUUCCGAAGUGCUGGAUGACGUCAAAAUGGCCCUCAUACACUUGCUGGGCACCAUCGGUCAAAAUGCAAAAAACCAUGCCGCGCUACGUCGAGCGCUUGCCCACCUCUACCGCGACUACAUUGCCUUUAUCUACAAGCAUUUUUUCAAGGGCGAGAACGAAUGGAACCUGGAUGACGUGGCCUUGCGUCAGGCCGGCACGCUCGUGCUUGUCUAUUUUGUCGAUGCCUUUGAGUUUUACGAUGGUGAGAUGAUGAUGGAGAUGUAUCUUGCCAUCAUUGAUGGCUACUCCAGUGAGGCCAAGAAUACCUCCCGUCAGGCUCUCGCCAUCUUGCAACCGCUCAUGACUCCGGAGCGGCUGGAGCAGAAGCAAGCCGCGGAAUGGCACAAAGCUCAAGCAGCCCAGCCAACAGGCUCCACUACCACGACGCCUCCCGCAACGACGGCAAACUCAACGACCGCUCCAAGCACGGCGGCCACUGCCUCUACCACUGUCACAGGCACCGCCUCGACCACCACCGCCCCAAAUACCACGGCAGCGACUGACGGGCAGGCCCAAGUCAAGGUCGAAGCCCAGGACGAGGCCAUGGACACACGCGCAGAGACUGCACCAACCGCCGCUUCGACUUCAAGUGCCCCCCAGGGUGCAGGCAAUGCUGCGACGCAGUCUUCAAGUGGAGAUGGGCAGGUUGCUGAUGCCAAGCCCUCAGCAAACCCUUCUUCUACCACCGAAGCAUCCACAGCAAACAAUGACGCUGCCACUACGACGAGCGCAGCAUUGGGAGGCGAGAACAGCGGAGAGGCCAGGGACGACGAUGCGUCUCAGUCGCCUGCGUGGGUGGCCAAAAUCCAGGACGUCUUAAUCCGCGAUCAAUCUUCACAAGUGCAGCUGGUUUUGCCCAUUUUUUGUGCUGCCCCCGAGCUCUUCUUGCCGUUUCGCUCGCAACUUGCGCAACCACUGGCCAUGAGCUUACGUCGCUUGAGCCAACAAAACUCGCCCGAUUUGCGCAAGUUGCUGGUGGACACAGCAGAGCUGUUGAUUCGCUGGGACUUGGACGUUGUCGCGCGGCACACCGAAGGCAAUGGCGACCAUGUUGCCCCCACGACCCUCCCCUCUGCCCCGGCUUCGCAAGAAGCGCUAGUUGCUGUUGCCGCACAAGCCAAAACGGAGAGCGCCAGCGCAGGGCAUAUUGGCGCUCCGGCCACUUCAGCGCCUGCUGCUAAAAACGCACACAGCCCUGUGCGCACUGCAGCUUCCUCCAUGGUACCUAAAAGCGCGACAACACCUGGCGGCGAAACCUCAGCUGCACGUUCAAGCGUUGGCCGGGCACCCAAGGAGACGGCUUCACCACGUCGGGUUGAGCCGGCAUCUGGUGGUAGCGAGACACCUCCGGACCGACUGCUGAGUCGUCGCUGCCAAGAGCUCAUCUUAAAUCUGCUGGUGCUUACCAUUUCACAACCCGAGUCGAGCAACGACUACUCGUCCAAGAGCAUCCCCCAUCGGUGCCUGCGCCUCAUCAAUCAAGUCAUGCAUCCCCAGCUGUGGUUGGAUGCACACCUGUCUAUCGCGCGCUUUGAGAAGCUGUUUUACGCCAACGUCGAUCGCUCUAGCUCAACCAAUGUGGUGCACGUAUACACAUUGGUUCGUCUUUUGAUUCUGUUUGUGCGGCGCCUGCCCAUGGAACGCUGGGGUCCUAUGCUGGGCGGCUUGCGCAAGGCGCUCAUUGCCAUCGCGCAAUCCAUGCACACCAAACUCAACGAAGCUUUUGAUGACUUGGUGGACAACAUCUGCCUCAAGCUACGCCAGUACGGGCCGCCUGCCACUGCUAGUUCGGGGGCAUUAGACUCAGCCACCGCCACGCCUACGACAGCGCGCUCAGCCCGCGGCUCUGGCAAAGGCUCAGAGGGUGGGCGUGAGAGCUCACAAACGGCACCAUCAUUGGCCAUUCCCGACACGCCCGCCGCUGUGGCGGCAGCGGCGGCAGCUGCAAUCGCUGGCACGACGGGUAAUAACAAUGCUUCUUCCAGUGCUGCAGCGGCGCCUGGCUUGCAUCGCAACCAGGUGCCACCAUCACUGCGAUCCGUGGAAGAGAUUUUGACCUUGCUGGAGCAAAUGUGUGAGGCAAAGAUCAAACCCGCCGAGGUCGGGGAUGCGUAUCCCAAUUUGCUGCACCACCUCAAGUUGCUGACGCGCCUUGACUCACACGGUCGACACUUUGCCAAGGUCGAUUGGAAGGAAAUGGUCACGGUCUUGUGCAAGGUUCUGCUGCGCGCCCAGAAAGACCAUCUCAACUCGCUAGCUCCUCCCGGCCCGGCUCAGCCCGGAUCAACGCCGCCGAGUGAGGAUGAUGUGGCGGACGUGAUUCACCAUUGCGUGCUGUUGAUCAGCCCUCGACUGCGUAGCAUGGAUACAACACAAAGGGCCAAGAGCUUCAUUGCCGUUCUCCUUACGCUGGUGGACAAGACGGAAAACGCGAACAUCAUGAAGCGUCUAUGCAAGUAUUUUACCGACUGGACCAUCGACGAAUCGCACGACGUUAUGUUCCCGCUCAAGGACAAGGCCAUGUUUAUGGCACGAGUGCAGGCGGCCGUCGUUUCGCGUGGCUUCAAGGAUUCAAGCGUUUUGGAAACCUUUCUCGAGUGCAUCAUGCGAAUUUUCACGACGCCGCGCCUCCGCAACACAGACUUGACGCAGCGCCUCGAGCCUGGGUUUUUGACGGGCUUGCGUAGCCCCUCGGAUGUCCAGCGUGAAGCCUUCUUUGCCCUUUUUGAUGAGCCUAACAAGGUGGCGAGCCUGUUUGAUCGACUCGACUACUGUUUUAGCCACCAAACACAACGAUGGGAGAAUGCUGGGCACACAUUCUGGCUCAAACAUUGCCUCGACAUUGUGCUCCAUGGCGCUGUCCUCGAGAGUCCCGUGGUGGGGUCCAAGCAGGUGCUGUGCCUCCCUACAUUGCAGGUGGUGCAGGAUAUGGAGAGCGACGCGGGUGUGACGGCGGCCUGCCAACAAAUUGUGGAGCACCACGGUCGCUUCCUCCACACCAUGCGUUCAUUGUCGCUGCGAGGGCUCACAAAGUCCCUGCGCUCCUUGGGCCAUUUGAAACCCACGGCGGCGCAGGCACUCUGGAUGGAUCUCUUCCCGCUCAUGUGGCCUUUGCUCAAGGCCGAGGAGAAGAAGGUGCUGGCCGCGUCUCUGGAUCAAUUGCUUCAAAAUCCUUUCCACGUGGAUCAGGCGCUGGUUCGACCAAGCAAUGUCAAGGCUUUAUUGGUGGGCAUCUCACGGUGUGCCAACCCCAGCCUGUCGCUGUCUGUCCAGCUCUUGCACCACCUGGCCAUGACACACAAUCUGUGGCACACGUGCAUCCACAUGAUUGGGGCGCAGAUUUCGCGUACGGAUCAGCGCGAUCAGAGCACGGCCGGCAAGCUUGAUCCUGCCCGGGAUGCGCUGGCCGACCUGUACUUGCAACUUAACGAGCGGGACACGUGGUAUGGCCAGUGGCGCUUGCGCGCCAAAUUGACGGAAACCAGCCGUGCUCUGGGAUGGGAGCAGCAAGCUUUCUGGGAGCAAGCGCAGGGCGCCUACGAAGCCGCCGUGCAAAAAACUCAACAAAAGGGUGGCGAGUUGCGCGAGGCCGAAUUUCAGCUUUGGGAGGAGCACUGGAUUGAUUGCACCCGUCGUCUUGGACAGCACGACCUUUUGCUCAAGCUGGCGGAGGAGAACCACAAUCGUGAUUUGAUGGUCGAAUCCGCCUGGAAGCUUCGCAAAUGGCGGGUGGCCAAGGAUGCGCUUGACAAGCUGGGGAAUCACCAGGAGGCAAACAUGCGUUCCAAGCUGCACAAGGCCAUCGUGCUCAUGUCGAGCAACGACGCACUGGACCCCCAGGCCGUGGUCGGUCUAUAUGAGGACGCCGUGCGCCUGGGCCUGCAGGAUUGGGUGCGGUUUCCAGAGAUUGUCGGUGCGGCGCACGUACCAUUGUUGCAGCAGUAUCAACGUCUGGUUGAGGUGCAAGAAAGCAGCCACGUGCUGGCAGCGCACAUGCCGGUGAACCGCGGGCGCUAUGGGCCCCAGGAAGUGAGCAACACCCUCGACGCAUGGCGGCACCGAAUGCCGUGCUUGUGGGACGAAAUGAAUACUUGGGAUGAUCUCCUACUCUGGCGUCAGUUUGUUUACGAACGGCUUACCUCGUUGGCUGGGCCAACGACCAAAUCCGAUCCAGCCGCAGCCACCAACCAUGAGGCAGCUUUCAAAGACAUGGCCAGCACGUUGAAUAGGCUAGCUCACACGGCGCGCGAGCAUCGCAUCCGCUCGGUGUGCGAGCGACGCCUGCAGUCUCUGCAUAAUCUUGGUAAAGUACCGCCAUCGGAGCUUUUUGUCAAAGCACGUGAACAUGUUCUGUGUGAGAUGCAGUUGGCACCCGAUGAUUUUGAAGCGCAGAUGGACGUCAUCAACGGCAUCACGCUGGGCCAUUUCAGUCAAGAGCAGAACGGCGAACUUCUGGCACUCAAGGCGUCGGUGCUCCACCGCAAGGGCGAAUUCAAAGAGGCCAAUCGUCUGUUUUCGGCCGCCGUACGGGUGGCAGAUGAUGUCGGCUAUUCGUGGUUGGCAUGGCAUCGCUAUUGCGACCACAUGUUUAGUCUGGCUGCGACCCAUGCCGCCAGCGAGGCGCGCAACUUGCUUGACCUGCAGGAACGUGGCAAUGACGCCUCUGCGACUGGUGGGGAGCCCGGGGCCAAGCGGCCUAACUUGGGGCCUGAUGGCGCCAAUUCAGGGGCCGUGUCUGCGGAGCAACUCAACCGGCAGCGAGAUUUGGCUCGCUCCCAGGCGCGGCAGGCGCGCGAAUGGGGGGUGGCUAGUAUGAUGUGUGCGAUGACAGCCUUGCGGUGCAAGAUCUCGUCGAGUGAGACACAGGGUUUGGUGGCGCGUUGUUUGAUGCUUCUGUCCAAGGACGACACGGCGGCCAUUGGGAAUGCCUUCACCAAGAUGGUUGAUGUGGUCGAUGCUUCGGUGUGGAAGGCGUGGAUCCCCCAGCUAUCGACUGCCCUGAGUCGGCCGGAGCUGCCUCACAUUAUGACGCUUGUACUGCGCCUAGCCAAGCAGUGGCCACAGGCCACGUAUUAUCAUCUGCGCACGGCCUUCCUAGAUAACCGUGCUGCUCAGCAUACCGCCGAUGACAUGAACCGCCGUGGUUUAUCGACGGGCGGCGACUCUUCGAGCAAACGCGCCAAGAUGGAGGAUGGUACGGCAGAAGGCCGAGGGCGCGAGGCCGAUCCGCGCGAGCGUAUCAAGACGGCCCUCAAAGCGGCUGGAAGUGCCAUGCAAAUGGUGCGGAAUAAGCAUUCAAUGCUGGCUGCCGUGCUGGAGAAUCUAAUUGACGAGGUGGUGGUGCGCUUCAAAUCAACACACGAGGAGGAGCUCCUACGCACGCUGCGCGUGCUGUUGGAUGAGUGCUUGAAGGCAGCGUUUAUGAUGUUCGAGCGGGGUCCUGCCAUGCUGGCAGACGCGGGGGCACCCGCACAGGUUCGCAUGCACUUGCGACGUUUAUUGGAAAGUGGUUUUGCGGCUCCCCAUCCACUCGCAGCACGUCGCGAGGACUUUAGGGCCGACUUUUCCGGCAUCCAGAACAUGCCCAUGUCUGUGUGUGUGGAUCGGCUUCGGCGGUGGCACAAGAAAAUUGCUGACGUGGUUGCAGAGCGACCCACCAUGCUGCGGUUGGAGGAGAUUAGUCGCGUCUUGUCGCAGUUCACCCCGUCCUUGAUGGAAGUUGAGCUGCCAGGUGAGCACAUGGAGGAGCGGCUACAUGCGCAUAGCAUCGUGCGCAUCGAGUCCUUCUUGCCCGACGUGGAGGUUGUGCGCAUUCACUGGGCCAGCUAUCGGCGGCUCAAGAUCCGAGGCCGCGACGGCAAGGUGUACUCCUUCUUGGUGCAAAACACACCCGCUCGCUUUGCUCGCACGGAGGAGCGCUAUCAGGCUCUUUUGCGCCUGAUCAACCCAAUCUUGCGCUUGCACAAGGAGUCUGCCAAGCGUGGCUUGCAGUUUACGAUUCCCCGCACCGUGCCCCUGAGCCCGCAUGUCCGGCUUCUCAUGGAACCAAGUCCGCACGUGUCUUUGGAGGAUGUGCUGGAGCACUACUGUGAACAUCGCGAAACGGCGAAUGAUCCCGAGCAUGGUAUCAUGACAGCCUACAACCUUCGGAUGGAGGAGGCCCACCGGGUCAAGAGGGAGGCAGGCAACAAGAAGGACAAUACCGACAAGCAGCAACUUGCUCAGUUUCGCCGCGAUGCCUUUGACCGUAUUCGCCGCCAGCUGGUACCAUCGGAGGCACUAUCCCGCUACUUGGCAGCUUCAUUCCCGGACCACGACCGCAGCUGGGCGUUUAAACAGCGCUUCACGUCGCAGCUGGCGUUGAGCGCCUUCGCUUCACGGGUGUUCUACCUGAGCAAGGGGCAGCCGUACACGUUCCGCUUUUCCUUGCAAACUGGCAACAUUGUGGUUUGGGAGCUAGCUCCGAGCCUGGACAAGACGGCGCAGGUGGUGUCGCUUGAUCCGGUACCAUUCCGCCUGACGCCAAACUUGGUCAACUUUGUGACUCCGGCCGGGAUUACGGGCAUAUUUUCUGGGAGCAUGGUGGCCACAGCGCAAGCGUUGAACAAUCCCGAUCACAUGUUUGCCCAGCUGUUUGAGGCAAUCAUGAGGGACGAGCUGAUUGCGUAUUAUUCGGUCAUGGAAAAGCCGUAUGAUAAGGGCGUGGUUGACAACGGAAAGCUGGUGAGCAAGGUUGAGGAAAACCGCCGGCAGGUGAUGGCGGCGCGGCUGGCACCGCUGGCGCGCUACGAGGGCCUCCAUUGCCUUCCGCCUGCCGCGCACCCCCUCGCCCGUCGCAUUGCCUUGGUCUUCUUUCGGAGGGCGUCCAGGUUUCGCACCCGCGUCAUGCCGCGCAAGUCACAUAACCGCCGCACCUCGGGGUCCGCAGCCGCUGCCAACCGCCCGACUUCUGGUCGCAGCCAAAAUUCAGCGGCUCUGGCUGCCAUCUUGGCUCGUCUACCCGCCUCAAGCGACAAGAAUGGUCCCCAUACCGCCUCGUCCACCAAAAAAUCUGCCCAAGUUUUAACAGCGGCGCCCAUCCCCAAAAACAUUGAAGAAUGGUUUCAAUCGGCCAAACACACGCUGGUCCAGGGCUGUGGCGCUGUCACCCCGGAAAAGGCCGCUCAAGCCAAGCAGAAAAUCAAAGACCUUUCCACUUCCAGCGACACCGUUGGCAUUCGCUUCACCGGCGCUGCCCUCCAUCAAGUUUAUUUUGCCACCAAGUUCGACCGCCGAGGCUGCCUUCUCUUUCAGCUCCUCGCUGCCUGCUGGCGUGCAAGCCCAUCCACUUCUAACAAAGGAAAGACGCACUUGGCCACCUUGAGUUCCGGCACAACCCUGACCGCUACUACGGCCUUGACCUCCGCUUCCGGCACCAUCGCCAUGCCCCCGACCACCACGACCACUUCCACGGCCACCCUUACCACCCCUGCUACCCAUAGCCAAGCCAGCCUUGCCGAUGCAGGCCGGCGUCUGCAGCUCUUCUGCACUCAGCCCACUCCGCUUCGUGUCGCCUCCAUUGGCGGCGGGCCAGGCACAGAUGCUGCUGCAUUCAAAUGGCUCCAUAGCCUUUACUUUAGCCCGGCUGGCCUGACCACACCCGUUGAAUUGCGUUUGCUGGAUUACGAGGGUAGCUGGAAACGACACCUGUCUCGGUUGCAAGACCUUUUGGCGCCCGAGUGCACCGUCGCGUUCCACCGCUGCGAUGUGACCCAGUCCAUGGCCGAGGACAUCAACCACGAUACACGCGUUGUCUUGGCCGACACCGACCUCUACAUCUUCUCAUACGUUUGCCACGAAACCUCGGCCGCCGCUCAGGCGGCCCAGCACGCCUUUUACACCGACCUGGCCGCCACCUUGCAGCCCGGCAACAUGCUCGUCUUUGUGGACGUGAUGGACCACAGUCGCCGCUGCCUCAAGCUAGUUUGUGAAGCUCUCCAGACUGCCUGUCCACAUCCCACCUCUGUGGUCGAUUUCCUCGAUACCGACGGCCAUGCUCUCAAGACAUCGGGCUUAAUCCUCAUGGUCAACUAG